AUCAUCAUCAUACACACGUCGUCGAGCGAAGCUGCUGAAGCCCCGUUUUUUCCGUCUGUAACAUAUUGAAUUCGCGGCUCGUCACACGUCGCUUUUCUCAUAUCAGCCGAACAAAUCAUUAUCAGUUUGGAACCAGUCAGUGAUUGUCGGGUUAGUCCGGGUCUAUUGUGCGAUAGCGACAGUUCUUGACCAUCGCCACUGACUGUUCGACCUGUCGUCCUCGGAGGAAUUUUGCGUUACGGUGAUUUUCUUUCUUCAGACGGGCGAAGAAGAAUCUGUUUCUGUGGCAUAGAAGUACUUUUUUUUUUUGGGGACGGAUGUGAGAAGAAGCGGAAGGUUAUGGUUUCGCCAAGUGCAAGUGCAACAACUAUUACUGGAAGUCACUGAUUGUGAGGGGUUUUUUUGUGCGGAAGAAAAAAUCUAACUGUUAUGUGAAGUGGUGCUUUAUCAUAAAUUCAAGAAGAAUCUGGUCGCCAUUCAGCGCAGUGGCCCUCGGGGGGGGUUCAAGAAUACGUGUGCUGUUUGCUGCUGGAUACUAACAGUGGUGGAGGGACGACGACAACGGCGAGGGUAGCGACGGAAGCGCGAAGGGUGGAGUUCUUUUUUUUAUGGCCCUUCUAGUUGGGCGCCUUCAGCUAUGUAAGAAAAACUUGUGUACACUUUUCAAACAGCAGCAGCAGCAGCAUCUCUCUGCGCCUCUGUCACGGCGACGGACAAGAAACGGAUGGACGGCGGAAAAGGCAACAGCCGAAAAAAAAUAUUCAGAAUAGAUUCGGUUUGACGCUUGGUGGACGCGGAUUUUUUACCCCGCUUUCGAACUUGAACUCCGAGCGACGAUUCCCACAUCAACAUCAACUGCACACAGUUAUAUCAACACAGAAGGUAGUAAUGUGCUAAUAGACUUAACAUGACCGGAUUGGGGACAUCGCACCUCGCUGCUCGUUGUCAUUAGAACACCCGUUAUUCACGUUCGGCGUUCCUGUCGCCUUGUUUUUUUUUUGGGGGAGCAGCGAUAGCUUUUCGUCGGCUGCCGGAGAAGAAAGCAGCGAGAGAAUCACAUCCCGAACCACAUCUUCAGCCGAGUCGAGCGCGCUAAGGCCAGAGGUCAGUCCAAUGGAGCAGCAAUCAGCAGCGGAGCGGCAAACUAGUCAUUCCACUAUUAUCGGUUACUAUCCGAGAGUGGCUGCUCGGAGAAAUCUCAGCAGACGCUAAUCUCCUCCAAUCAAUCGAUUUGCAUAACAAACAAAGCAGGCGACUUUUUGCUGGAAGCACAAUUAUUUUACGGAGUAUUACAUAUCUAAUCGUGUCAACGCGAACGUUAAUUAUCCAAACGAAACCAAAGAGACUGUAACAACAAGGGCAACCAACCAACCAACCAAGGAUACAAUGCGUCUAGUUCUGCGCCAUCGGAAGAUUCUGCUCGGUUUGGGUUUAGCCAGCUUCCUGGUGCUGGUGGUGUUUCUCAAAGGAACCGAGCUGGGGGCGCGAUGUCUGAGAGGCACCAUCGGCGGGGCCUCUUCGUACACCGGCGGUGGAGGAGAGAUGAUCCGAGGCGAUAGUAGCAGUGGGGACGAUGGCGAUCAAAGUCGAAGCUAUCGGUACCACCGGAAUAUGCCGCUGGUUUUCAUCGGUGGAGUGCCCCGCUCUGGAACGACGCUUAUGCGGGCGAUGCUGGACGCCCACCCGGAAGUUAGAUGCGGCCAGGAAACACGGGUCAUUCCCCGCAUUCUGCAGCUGCGCUCGCACUGGAUGAAAUCCGAGAAGGAAUCGGUUCGGCUGGUCGAGGCCGGCAUCACGAAGGAGGUGCUGAACAGUGCGAUCGCUCAGUUCUGUUUGGAGAUCAUUGCCAAACAUGGCGAUCCGGCGCCACGGUUGUGCAAUAAAGACCCGCUCACGCUCAAGAUGGGUUCCUACGUUAUCGAGCUGUUUCCACAGGCUAAAUUCCUAUUCAUGGCACGCGACGGUCGGGCGACGGUACAUUCGAUCAUUUCGCGCAAGGUUACCAUCACCGGGUUCGACCUGAGCAACUAUCGGCAGUGUAUGACCAAGUGGAACCAGGCGAUACAGACGAUGCACGAGCAGUGCAAGGAGAUUGGCAAGGAUCGAUGCCUGACGGUGUACUACGAACAGCUGGUGCUCCAUCCGGAGGAGUCGAUGAGGAAAAUUCUCCACUUCUUGGAUAUCCCCUGGAACGAUUCGGUGCUGCACCAUGAAGAGUUCAUCAAUAAGGAGAACGGUGUGGCGUUAUCCAAAGUGGAACGUUCAUCGGACCAGGUGAUAAAACCGGUGAAUCUGGAGGCUCUCUCCAAGUGGGUAGGCCACAUACCGGAGGACGUUGUGCGGGAUAUGGCCGAUAUAGCCCCGAUGCUGUCGGUGCUUGGUUACGAUCCGUACGCCAACCCGCCAGAUUAUGGGAAACCGGACUCGUACGUGCAGGAGAAUACUUACAAGGUUCGCUCGAAUCCACAGAUGUGGGAGCACAAAGUCAAUGAGUUACUUAAACGGGACGCAGACCCACCGCAGGCGAACAACAACAACAACGAGGACGAGGACGACUAUGGCAAUAAUAAUAAUAAUAACAACAACAAGGAGCGUAAAACGUGAUAUUAGCGAAGGAAAUCUUAAUACGCGUUUCGCCGUAAUGAACACUUGGGGGGACAAAGUAAAAAAAUCAUUCUAGUGAAAUUCACAAACGCACUAGAGAAUCAAAACGAACAGAAAAGAAAAAUAUCAAAACAAAAAAUGGGAAGAAAACCAAUCGCUUUGUUACUGUUAUUUCUUCAUUGUUAUUAUUAUUAUUAUUUUUUUCCUAUUGAAUAAAGUCCAAAAGUCCAAAAAAGGGGACUUCAAGCGUGUGUGAAUGCGCACCGAAACAAUCUGUGUUGAUCAAAUCAACAUGAGACGAAGACGCUGCUGCAGGUCGAAUCAGAGCUUUGUUGUUUUUAUGUGCAUCGAAUAGAUUUGAUGAUGAUGAUGGUUGGAUAUAACUAGAAUUGCACGUCUAGCGCCCGCCGUACCACUGUUUAGGAUUAGAGAGAUAUUGGCUGGUCGGCAGCAGCAGAAACAGCAGCAGCAUCGCAGCCACCGACUAAUAGGCAAAUGGAAACGCACUCGGAAAUCGAAGACAGAGACAGAAAGAAAAAGCACGAUGCGCACUUUUAAAGUAGAUAAGCUAUUAUUAUUAUUAUUAUUAUUAUUAUUAUUUUAUACAAUAAAUUCGAGGAGAAGAAUUCAAACCGACUGUAAAUAGUUGUAUGUAUUAGAGGAAGACAGUAAAAACAAAAACAAAAAAACGAACAAACUAAUCCAUAAAUAGUUGAAAGGCCAGAAAUGUAGUUCUAAAUGUGUAAGAAAGUAAAUCAAUAAACGGGGCACAUUUUCGCUUCUUCAAUGUUGAAAACAAGUAAAAUU